AUGAUGAAGGACAAGUCAUGGAGCAGCGAAAGCAUGUUUAAUAGCAUCCUGUUCAGCAACCUAUCGAAGGAGCAAAUAAAAAUAGUGCAGGUGCCCCUGAACAGAAAUGUAUGCAUUAUUGCCUGCCCAGGGUCAGGUAAAACAUCCACGCUGACGGCACGCAUCAUCAGGAGCAUCAUCGAAAAAAAAAAGUCCGUCGUUUGUAUAACCUUCACGAAUUAUGCAGCCAACGACUUGAAGGAAAAAAUUACAAAAAAGGUCAACUGUUUGAUAGACCUGUAUUUAGACACUGACGUGAGGUGCAAACUUUUUGCGGGCAAAACAUCCAGCAGGAAAUUUGAUACUAGUAGCAAGCUCCACAGUAAGAGCAAGCUGAAGGUGCUCCACACGGUGAUGUUCAUAGGCACCAUACACUCCUUCUGUAGGUACCUCCUCUUCAAAUACAAAGGACCGUUCAAAAUACUGUCCGACUUUAUCUGCUCAAAUGUGAUCAAGUUGGCUUUUAAUAAUUUUUAUGCCUCCUUUUUGAAGGGGAAGUCUGCCCAGGGGGUGGCCAGAGAGGCGGCUGGGAGAGAGGCGGCUGGGAGAGAGGCGGCUGGGAGAGAGGCGGCUGGCAGAGACGCGGCGGGAAGAGACGCAUCGGGAGACCCCAAGGGGCCCUUCAAUUUGGCCGACUUUUUUAGCACCCUGAGGAGAAGCUUCAGCAAGAGGGACGCGCAGGAGAUAGAGGACGAGGCGGAGGGGCAGGACGACGGGGAAGACGACGAAGAAGAAGACGGUGAGGGGGACGAUGGGGACGACCACUUCUACGACUACCUCUACCACGUGAAGCCUGCGAACGAGCGGAAGGACCACUUCGAACACGCGGGCAUCCCCAGCAUCCUCAAAAAAAAACACAUUUUAUUUUUAAAGAAAAAAAUAAAACUGCUCAAAUAUGUAGAGCUGUACCAGAUGAAGAUCGAAGUUAACCCCAUCGAGGCGAAGUUUUACGCGGAGUACAAGCGUAUUUUGCAAACGGCCAAGCAUGUCUACUACGACUUUGACGAUUUGCUCAUCGAGACCUACAGACUGAUGAAGGAGGACCUGCGUGCCCGGGACAAAAUCCUGGGCGAGUGGCACUACGUCUUUUGCGACGAGUUCCAGGACAUCAACACUACGCAGUUUAACAUUCUGCAGUUUUUCGCCAAUGGGGGGGGUGGCGGCAGGGAGGAAGCGUCACCACACAGUGUAAAUCGCUCUAAGGGGGCAGCCCCACCACACAGUGUAAAUCGCUCUAAGGGGGUAGCCCCACCACACAGUGUAAAUCGCUCUAAGGGGGCAGCCCCACCACACAGUGUAAAUCGCUCUAAGGGGGUAGCCCCGCAGAGGGGAACCCAGCUGACGGACAGGAGCCUCACCGUCAUCGGGGACGACGACCAGUCCAUCUACUCCUUCAGGGGAGCCCACAUCAAUGUGUUUGAUAAGAUCCUGAAGGAGCACAACUGCCUGCUGUUCAAGCUGGGCACGAAUUUCAGAAGCACGAAGGAAAUAGUCCGCGUUUCCUGCAACCUGAUCCUGCACAAUGCGAAUUGCAGAAUAGCAAAGGAGCUGCGCACGAACAACGUGCAGGGGGAGAAGGUUAACUUCCAUGCGUUCAAAACGAACAAGGACCAGGUGUCCUUCAUCCUGUGCCAAAUAAUUUUUCUGAAAAAGAAAUACAGCUACAAGUUCGGCGACUUUGUCAUCCUGUCGAGGACGAACCGGACGCUCAGGGAGACCCUCAAGUGCAUGCACAGCGUGGAGGUCCGGAGGAGGGCCGCCAAGUUCUUCCGCGAGAGGGAGGCGUCAGCAGCAGGUGUAUCGGCAGCGGCAGGGGGAGUGAACGCGGCAGUGGGAGUGGACGCGGCAGGUGUAUCGGCAGAGACGUUCAAAAUCCCCAUCAAGGAGCUGAACAAAAAGAAGUCCUUUUUCGGGUCCAGAGAAAUCGUCGAAUUGAUAACCGUCUUGAGGUUCCUCCUGAACGUGCACGACGAUAUCAUUUUGAAGAAGGCCUUUAAGAUUGUAAAAAAUGAUAGGGCGGUGAGGGCCAUACUGGAAAAGCUGCAAGGCGGCCACUUUGGCGGUGAUUUGGAGGGAGAAGCAGGAGACGAAGAAGCAGGAGGAGAAGGAGAAGCAGGAGGAGAAGGAGAAGCAGGAGGAGAAGGAGAAGCAGGAGAUGCCUGUUCACCCGCUGCGGGGGGGAGCGGCCCCUCCCUCUUCAACCGCAUCGAGAGGAUCACCCACUGGUACAUCCUCCGGAAGAGGAACCAACUGAAGGGAGGGGAGGCCCGCCACUUGGACGCAUUCACCGAAGCGGAGAUAAAAAAAAUUUUGGACUUUUUUUUUUGCGUAAAUUACUUUCUGAAGUUCGCCUCGCAGCCCAACUCUGUGUACAGCCUGGUGAUGGACAUGCUCAGCAAGACGAGCUUCGUGCAGAGGACGCUCAAGAGGGUGCGCCGCAGGAGAGAGGGGGAGAAGCGAGCGCAGCCGGAUGGGGAGCAAGAGCAGCAGGAGGGGGAAAGCGAGCAGCCUGAUGGGGAGAGAGAGCAGCCUGAUGGGGAGAGAGAGCAGCCUGAUGGGGAGAGAGAGCAGCCUGAUGGGGAGAGAGAGCAGCGGGAUGGGGAGCAGCGGCGGGAGAAGCGCCCCCGCGAUGAGACGCACCCCGACCUCGUGAACGAACUGAAAAUCAAGCGGGACCUCCAAAGGCAGUUCGGACUGAGCGAGGAAGACCUGGCGGAAAACGAAAUGCAAAACAUUUUUGUUCUCCUCGAAAUGACCAUGGAGUACCAGCCCAACCAAAUAAAUCAAAACUGCUCGGACUGUCUAAUUUCCUUUCUAAACGAUUUUAAAAAUGAUAUACAUGACAGAAUGCUGGUGGAGAAGGUGACGCUGACGACGAUCCACAAGUCCAAGGGGCUGGAGUGGAAGGUGGUCUUCAUCGUAAAUGCCAUUGAGGGGGAGAUUCCUCAGACGGCCGAAAACAACCGAGACGUAAUUGAGGAGAGGAAGAUCUUCUACGUGGGCAUUACGAGGGCCAAGUUCUUCCUCUACCUGCUGUGCUUCUUGCAGAACAGCCACACGGCGGAGAAGAACACCGUGUCGCGCUUCGUCAGCCAGAUGGCCAUUUGA